AAGAAAAAGCAAAAGCUAGAAUUAGUAGAGCAGUAGUAUAGCAAAAAGAUAAACAUACUGAUAGAUCUAUAUAUACAUAUAUAGAGAGAUAGAAAAAACACAAUAAUAAAAUAAUAAAAUUAAAACCCUCUCUCCCUCUCUCUAUCGCAGCUAAGACAUUGAAGGCAAAGAAGAAGACGAAGAACAGCAGCCAAGCAGAAGAAUUCUCAUAUUUUUUUCCUUUGUAUUUUCUGUGGUGUACUCUUUUCUUCUUCGUCUUCCUUUUUUGUUUUAUUUUCUUAUUUUUUAUUUCAUCUCUGUUAUCGUUGAAUCUGAAUAUAUUAUCAUCAACAUCUGCAGCUAAUGGAUCCAUUCCAUUAUGUUUCGUCCAUAAUCGAGCUUCGUAAAGAUGCUAUGAGCGCAAUUACUUAGUAUUGGAAUGAAGUCGAUACGAUAUAGAGUUGGGUGGAUAAGUGGAUUCAUACAGCUGACUCGACAUCAGGGGGUUGUUGAUUGAAGUAACUUAAUAUACGCUGAACUAAAAACUUAGAUGAAUCUACACAUGAUCAUGCAAUGAGGUUUGGGUGACAUUGACUGCAUAGUUGCGCCAUCUUAUAAUUAGAAGUUCAAUGACGUACGUAGAGACCUUUUUUGGUUAACCAACUAGAAACAAGACAAAAAGAAAAAAAAUAACGAAGAAAAAAGAAUGAGCUUAUCAGGAAAAGGGACUCCUACCAGUGACAAAAAGCUAACCUUAGCAAAAGCGACAAGCUUGAAUCCAAAUGCUGCAGAGUUUGUACCCUUUGCACUCAGAUCACCCUCAGGUAGCACUAGCAGCAUCGAUGCAACAAAGUUCUCUAACUCUACUACAACUCUGGGAAAAGCUGUACUAGAUAGAUCAGAGUCGUCUGCUUCGAACAACUCAGAUGAUGAAGCCCACCAGUAUUGGCGUCGCCAGCUCCCGGAUGAUAUUACACCAGACUUCAAUGUCAUGGGAGAAGAUGAUUCUCAUGGAAUCAGCAGUCUUCCAUUUUCUAGAUUAUCAAUAACUGAUGUCAAUGAAGCUUCAGUAUUCCCUGAUUCAACUGGCAGUGGCUUCAUUUUGAAGGACCAGCAGGAGUUAUCUCCUAGUCACAUUAAUGGGACUAGUUUUGUUGAAAAGACAGGAUAUCCUAUUACAUCUUUUGGCGAAGAUGCAUCCUCAACUAGUUUUCAUCUUCCUUCUAAACCCUGGGACAAGCCAUCUCUGGCCAAUGACCAGCCUUUUGCCAAUAUUAGGGAGGGGUCUCAUUAUAAUGGGAAUUCAGGAAACAGCUUCUUUGCAGACAUGAUAAAUGAGCAACCCUUUUUUGAAGCUGAUGUAAACCCUCUUGAAUUUUUAGCUUCUCAAUUUCCUGGUUUUGCCACUGAAAGUCUUGCGGAGGUGUACUAUGCCAAUGGAGGUGACUUGAAUCUGACAAUUGAAAUGCUUACUCAGCUUGAGCUUCAAGUUGAUGGUGGGUUGAAUCAAAAUAUGAAUUCAAAAGCCUUGUCUGCUCCAAAUCUUAGUGCUCUGGAUUUCCCUGCUCUGUCUGUGGCAGAAAGUCAAAACAGCAGCCUAAAGUACUCUGGCAGUGACGUUCAACAAAAUGUCAAUCCCUACAGGUCUUCUGAAAAAGAGAGCACCCUUCUGUUUAGAUCUGGCUCUUCCAUCCCUUUUCGAGGUGCUACGGAUUUUGCAUCUGCUGUCAGGAAGAUGGCAUCUCAGGAUUCUAGCAUAUGGAAGUAUGAUAGGACUGGAGUGGCUGAUGGUAGUGUUGGAUCAAGUAGAAAUUCACCUGUUUUGGCUAGCUCUUACAAUGGUGGGCAUAGUAGGGGAGUUUAUGGUGAUAGGUUGCAGAGCCGAGGUUCCACACGUGCAGCUCCUGUCUGGCUAGAAACUGGAGAAGCAGUUGCAAAUAUUUAUUCUGAAAUGCGGGAAGAGGCUCGUGACCAUGCACGCUUACGUAAUGCGUACUUUGAACAGGCUCGUCAGGCAUACCUUAUUGGUAACAAGGCUUUGGCCAAAGAACUUAGCGUCAAAGGGCAGCUUCACAACAUGCAGAUGAAGGCAGCUCAUGGGAAGGCUCAAGAAUCUAUAUAUCGCCUAAGGAAUCCAGAGAUGCAGGGAAAUGGGAGAGGACAAGAGAGAAUCAUAGAUCUGCAUGGCCUUCAUGUUACUGAGGCUAUUCAUGUCCUCAAGCGUGAGCUGUCUGUGUUGCGGAAUGCUGCCAGAUCAGCAGACCAGCGAAUACAGGUUUACAUUUGCGUUGGAACAGGACAUCAUACAAAGGGUUCACGUACUCCUGCUAGACUUCCCAUUUCUGUCCAGCGUUACCUGCUAGAGGAGGGCCUUGACUACUCUGAGCCACAACCAGGGCUUCUCCGAGUUGUGAUAUACUGAGGUGUGAAGGUAUAGGAGUUUUUGACACAUCAUUACCCUAGAAAAUCCAUCAGAUGAGGAAAAAGAAAAAAAGAAAAUUGUUGUACCUGUAAAUGGGGGAAUGGAAGAUUAGGGCAAAUUCUGGAAAGGGAAAACAAAAAAAGUGAAAGAAAAUUGUAUCAUUUAAGGUUUAGUUGUUGGAUAGGAGAGUACGUUUUGUAGCUUGCGGGGACUUGCAUCGGCCCCUUCGAUUUUGUAACUUUUUGUAACUUUGGUUCUUUCUCACAUUCCUUUUCAUUUUGAUUAGCCGAUGUAACUGAUAGAAUUCUUUCACGUGAAAACUGACAUUCACCAAAUGUUUUAGUGUCUAUGAAUGAACAUUUUACACGAUGCUUAAUUGUUCAA